AUGGCCAUCGAAGUAACGCGGAUGACAGAAGCCGACAUCGACGGCGCAAUUGACACUAUACAGCAAGCCUUUGCGGAUGACCCCUACAGCAAGUGGAUAUACAAUGAUCGCUCCAAGUUCAACCCGACCCGCAACCGCGCCUCCCUCCGCCUCCGCUGCAACUGGGGCAUGACCCACGGCCUGUUUCACGUCGCCAAAGACCCCUCGUCUAGCACUCCCCACCGAGUUCUCGGCACCGCGAUGUGGCUCCCACCGCACCCGCCCUCGGAGCCGCAGUCCUGGCCCCUUUACCUCAGCACCUGGACGCUGUGGCUAAACCAGAUCUUCAUGAACCUGACAUACGGCCGCGGCGGACUCAACGUAAAACGGUACUACAUCUGGAAAGCCGCACAGGCGGAGGCGCAAGGCGAGCUAUGGACGAGUGAAAGGGGGUACUAUUUUUGCAACAUCGUGACUGUGCUGCCCGAGGCGCAGGGGCGGGGUGUUGGACGCGCGUUGAUGGAGACGGUGCUCGAGAUGGCGGAUAGGGAGGGCAGGUGGUGCUAUUUGGAGAGCUCGAGAAGGGUGCCGAAUGUGGCUAUAUAUGAGAAGUUUGGGUUCAGGCUCGUUAAGGAGAUGUUGUGUGAUGAUGAGGGUGAUGCGAUACACUUGUAUUGUAUGAUGAGGGAGCCUAGGGCGGAGCAGGCGGAUGAGGGGGCGCUGCAGAAGGCGGAUCCGGUGGAUGUGGAGGGGGCGUAG